AUGGAGAAGCGUCCGGUGCCGUUGCCGUUGUUGUUUUCCCUUUCACGAGUGCUCAAGCGGACCGUGUUCUCCCGCAAUUUCUAUGACCAGAUCAACAAACAAGUGUUGGCCAACACCGCCACCGUCGACGCCAACCUCUACUUCCUCUGCUACCUGACGAAGCUCGCGGCGGCGAUCUUGAUGAACCGCGAGUAUAUCAUUGACUGGUGUCAAAGACAUUUGGGGGUGACUCCUAGGUUGUGGCUGGAAAAGUUCAAGACCAGUUUAGCCACUCAUUUGCAGGCGAUUCUGAGUUACGUUGCCGACGUGCGGAUCUUUAACCGUUUGACCGACGCUAUCAAAUACAUGCCCUGGGCCAUCGACGAGUUCUCUGCUCUUGUCGACCCCUCGGCCACGGGACCCCUCGUCACCCGGUUUGUCAACUUUUUACAAGCGGUGAACUGCAUUGUCCUCGAACUAUUUGAGAAUGCUGGUUGGUUAACGGACCACAAUUGGGUUGGCACUAGUGACAACGCCAGCUGGAGCGCAUGGACUUACGUAUGGUCGUCACGGGUGUGGGCCGCCUACGUCAUCAUCGAGAUCAUCGAGCUUUUCCGCAGGGUGCCUCGGAGCAAGUGGGAUAAAAACUGGAAAAUUGCUGUGUUCAGAAACGCCAUCCAGAUCCCCUUGGUCGUCCACUGGUCGCUCUAUGACGGUUGUUUAACUCCGUUCUGGGUCGGGGUCUGCGGCACGGGUGCCUCCUGGUGGGGCUUCCGGGACAUCUGGGCCAACAUAUUUAAAACUUUAUAA